UGUUACAAACAUCCAACCCCUGUGUUAUGUGCUGCUAGUCUUUCUUUUCCAUAAAGUAUCUUCACCUUUACUCCUCAGUGUCUUGUGUAUAUAUAUAUCCUUAUCCUAGCUUCCAUACAGAUUUUUUGUGUGUAUAUAUACAUAUUACAGAGAGUUUUAGAGAACCCCAAUGGUGGCCAGUAGCAGGCAAGUUUUAAAGCAAGAUGUUCUGAUUAAAGAAGAGUCAGAGUUGUUAGGGGGGGUUUCAAGCCUGAAACCUAAAGUAGGCAAAAAGAAGAGAACCCAAGCUGUGAAGCAGUACAAAGGGGUCAGAAUGAGGAGUUGGGGAUCAUGGGUAUCUGAGAUUAGGGCACCCAACCAGAAGACAAGAAUAUGGUUGGGUUCAUAUUCAACUGCAGAGGCUGCUGCAAGAGCUUAUGAUGCAGCUCUGCUCUGCCUCAAGGGCUCCUCUGCUUCUUUGAAUUUCCCUGACUCUGCAAUUGCUCUGGCCAACAUUUUGAACAAGGAGUCUGUGGUCAUGUCCCCUAGGUCUAUUCAGAGAUUUGCAGCUGCUGCAGCUAGUGGAAGAUACAGUAGUUCUUCUAGUACUAGUACAUUUUCUGCUAUUAGUAAUACAGAUACCCAAUCUGAUGAAACUGUUAACUGUGCAAUUAGUAAUAGAGAUACCCAAUCUGAUGAAACUGUUAACUGUGCAAUUGAAAGCCCCCCUGCUUCACAAGAAGCAGAGAAGGAUGUUCCUGAGUCUGAGAUAUGUUCAUGGCUUGAGCAGGAGACAUUCUUAAUGCAGCAGCCAUAUGACCAGAUGCUUUACUGUGCAUUGCUCUCUGAUCCAUCUCCUUUUUCUAAUUGGGUUGAGGAGUAUGCUCAGGAUGAGGACCUCUGCCUCUGGAGCUUUCCUUGAAAGUUCUUUUGAUCUAAAAUGGUGGCAACAAAAAUUCUUCAUGGUCUAAUCUGGAAGAGAGCUUAUUGAAAUUCUUUUAAGUUUUUGGGUGUCAUUACUUAUUAGUUAAUCUCUAUUGACUCUGGUGCAGAAUGCACUGUAACUAUACUCACUACUACUAUCUACUCACUAUCUACUCUAGGUAUCUGAUUAUUUAUUAUACUCCAUUGGAAUUCUAUUUUCCUUAUGUUCAUUCACAUUUGUGUUACAAGAAGUAAAUACUUCAAUGUCCAGCCCUGUACUCUUACAUUCUUCUGUGGUGCCAAAAUAGGCAUCCCAAUUCCACCUUAUAAAUGCAGAAUUACUGUUCAUCUGUCUGUUCUGAGAUCCAUGGCUUUUUCAAUCUGAAUAUGUUGUUCAAGGCUUCUUGUAUAAAGUAUUUAAUGCCAUCUGAAUAAAGGGUUGACCCUGUAAUUUUCUGUAUUGAA